AUGGAAGGCGCGGGUGUUGGACCACGGCUAGCGAGGCCUAGGCAAUUCGUUCUUUGCUUUGACGGUACGGGCAACCGAUUCAAUGGCGAUGAGAGCGACAGUAAUGUCUUGAAGAUUUUCCGAAUGCUGGAUCGCAGUCAGCCUCAUCAGUUCCAUUACUACCAACCAGGGAUUGGAACAUAUGUAACAACCAACACACUUUCCCACACUGGUCGCUUCCAGCGCAUUAAAUCUGCGUAUCAAAAGGCUAAAGACUCUGCAAUCGGGUCUUCCUUCGAUGCGCAUGUCAUGGGCGGGUACAAGUUCCUCAUGAGGUUCUAUAACCCCGGCGACGAAAUUUAUUUCAUCGGUUUCAGUCGAGGCGCUUAUGUCGCGCGGUUUCUUGCAGAGAUGCUGGACUUUAUUGGCUUGCUCGAAGCAGGAAAUGAAGAACUCACCCGCUUUGCUUGGAAGACCUUCGCAAAGUGGCAGCAGCGGGGUGGCGACAGUGAGGAAGACAAGGCCGAGAAGCAGAAACUCUUCCGUUACAUGAAGGCUUUUCGCGAAACGUUCAGUCGACCGAUCACCCGAAUCAAGUUCAUGGGACUGUUCGACACCGUCAAUAGCGUCCCAAGGUUCGAGUCCGCUUGGAUGCAACGCAGCAAGUUCCCUUACACGGCACGAAGCUCGGCCAGGGUCAUUCGGCAUGCCGUGGGGAUCGACGAGCGUCGGGCCAAGUUUCGACAAGACUUGAUCUCUCAAGCGAGACCGAAGAAGAAGACCCAUUACCAUCACCAUCCUCAUCUGCGGGAAUACCUGCGUCCACACAGCCGUGACCCCAAGGAGGAAAAGCCACAGGAGAAUAACGUGCCUGAGAUCGUUCUGAACGAUAACCUGGAUGUCGGCGACAAAAUYAACGGAGCAGUUGACCCCGGGCAUCAAAGCCAAGAAGACACUGGAUCCGUCUAUCGAAGUUCGCAUGCAUCUCACGAAAGCCUCCACUCUGGAAAUCGAUACCGUCCAACCUCCCCUUCACCCAGGAGAAGGAAGCCUAGUCUUGCGGUUCCAAUGCCCACCGCGUCUACCGAGGAUCUCAACUCCCUUCGAAGCGGACGAAGUGGGCACUCUGGAAUGUCCCUCCAGGUCCCAUCAGAAGGCCGAGUUGUGGAGGACGACGACGAUCGAGAGCAGGACAUCCAAGAGGUCUGGUUCCCCGGCGGCCAUGCAGAUAUCGGCGGAGGCUGGACGCUCGGCGACGGCGAAAGCUGGGCUCUGAGUCAUGCGCCGUUGGUAUGGAUGGUCCACGCUGCCCAGGCUGCAGGCCUCGAAUUCGAUCCCGCCAAGAUGAAGCAAUUCGAGUGUCUUGAGGAAUUCGAGGGUGACUACAGCCCUAUCAAGGAAAACAUCAAGUGGCAAAAGAGCUGGUGCGAAGACCCUGCUCAUGGCCAUGACGAUCAACCCAAUGGAAAAGAGAACGGAAUGCACACAACUGGCGACAAGGACUUUGAGCAGCCAUCCAGUUCAAGCCAAAGAUUCAAGGCUGCCUUGUAUGCCUCGAGUACGGAGGGUCUCUUGCACGACUGUCUAUCCUUCGGCAAUGGCCUGCCGCGUCUUUCGGUGCUCACCUGGAGGAUGAUGGAGUACCUGCCGUUCCGCCGCAUGGACCUGCAGGAGGAUGGAUCAUGGGAACCGAUCCGAUGGCCGUUGCCGGGCGGAGAAGUCCGCGACAUGCCGCAUGACGCCCAGGUCCAUGUCUCUGCCAUCCGCCGCCUGAAGAAGGAUCCCAAUUACCGCCCGGGGAAUCUGAUUUGUGGGGGCGGUGGUCGUGGUGUAAAGCGAGCUCCUCCGGAGUAUGGCAUUGGGGAAUGGGUAGUGAAAAGCCAUGAAGGAUGCCCUAUUCGCGAGACCUAUGUGCGGAAGAGGGCCUCCAAAAUGUGCAAGGACGAGCACAAUUGA